AUGCCAUUCAUUUUAAUCGAGCAUUUACUUUAUGAUCAUAAUGGCAAUGCAAAUAAACGUAAUCAUUUAAAUCAAACAUCUUUACACUGUUUAUUAAAAGUUGGUAAUGACGUUCGUCGUAACGAAUGUCUUACACUCUUAUUAAAAUGGAAAGAUAAACAAACAAAUGAAACUAUCGAUAUUGAUGCUAAAGAUUCAGAUGAUAAUACGGCAUUACAUCAUGCAGCAAAAAAUGGACUUAAAUCAUGUGUUGAAAAUCUUUUAAAUGCUGGUGCUGCACUUUAUGUUGAAAAUCAUGAAAAAUUAACUCCAUGUGAACUUGCUGAAAAAAAUGGUCAUAAAGAUUUAGCUAUUUAUCUUGAAUCAAGAAUGAUAUUUAGUAAUAGCUCAGAAGAUUUGGAAAUCGACGAAUUGCCAUUAAUGACAGAGGAUACCUCAUGUGGUUUACGUAUUCAAGACUUACAAGAAACCAAAGAUUUACUUCUAGUUGAAACAGCUGAUAUGUUACAAUUACCUUUAUUUACAGCUGAAGCUCUUCUCAGACAUCAUGAAUGGUCAAAGGAAUUACUUCUUCAAUCGUGGAUUGAGGAUCCCAUAGGUUGCUGUGAAAUAUCUGGUGUUAAUCCUCCAUUAAGCAUUCUUCAUGAACGUGGUUUGACAAUCAUAGAUAUCAAUGAAUUUGAUACUGUUCAUUUAUCUAAAGAAUGUGGAAUUUGUUUAAAAGAAUUCGAAAGUGGUGUAGAACGAAUUGUAAUAUCGUGUGAUCAUCAAUUUUGUAAAGAAUGUUGGCAACAGUAUUUAACAUUUAAAAUCCAAGAAGGUUCUGUUCAUACAAUAUUUUGUCCAGCUGUUGAUUGUUUUAAAUUUGUACCAAACGAAAUCAUUGAAAAAUGUGUCGAUCAAAAUAUGGCAAGACGUUAUUUACAAUUUGACAUAAAGGCCUUUGUAGAUUCAAAUCCCAAUUUUAAAUGGUGUCCACAUAGUAAUUGUGCACUGGCUGUUCAAUCGCCAAUAUUUGAUCGUCUUCAAUCAUCUCAUAUGAGAGAAUUUUCGAAAUCAGUUAAUUGCCGAAAUGGACAUUAUUUUUGUUGGGAUUGCCUUCUAGAAGGACAUGAACCAGCAUCAUGCGAAAAUUGGAAAGAUUGGUUUGAUAAAGUUGCAGAAAUUAAACCAGAAGAAUUAAAAGGAACAGUUGAAGAAGAAGAAAUAGCUGCAAAUUGUUUAUGGCUUGUAACCAAUUCAAAAAAAUGUCCCAAUUGUUCAAUAUCUAUACAAAAAAAUGAAGGAUGUAAUCAUAUAAAAUGUGUUAAAUGUAAAUAUGAUUUUUGUUGGAUAUGUUUGGAAGCAUGGAAAAAACAUUCAAGUACAACAGGUGGUUAUUUUCAAUGUAAUCGUUAUGAAACUGUAAACAAAAUUGUUGCUAAAGAAAAAGAAUUGGUUACUGUUGCUGAACAACGUCAUUUACGUAUGGUAGAAUUAAAUAAAUUUGUUCAUUAUUAUACACGUUUUAAAAAUCAUGAAAAUUCUUAUAAAUUUGAAGAACCAUUAUCAAAAACUGCUAAAGAAAAAUGUGAAGUUAUAUUAGCUAAAACAAAUCAACCUGGGCCGGUUCCCGCUACUGUCACAAUAGGAGUACUGAAUGAUGAAAAUAAUUUGGAAUCACAAACAAAAUUUAUUGAAGAUGCAAUCAAAGAAUUAUUACGUGCCAGACGUGUUCUACGCUGUUCAUAUGUUUAUGGCUAUUAUUUAGAAAAUUCUGGUCAUAAAAAAAUGAUUUUUGAAUUUAUUCAAACUGAAUUUGAAGAAUGCACUGAAACAUUAUCGCAAAUUAUUGCGCGACCUUAUUUACGUACACCUAAACAUCGUAUUGUACAAGUAACAAAAACUGUUAAACGUAAACGUUUAGAAUUUCUUGAAACAAUUGCUCGUGGUCUUAUACCGCCCGAUACACCACCGAGUUUGAAAAAGUUUUCAAGACAACGUUGGAAAUAUUUACUUAAAGAUGAUGUUGAUGGAGAUGACAAUGAAUUAAAGAAAGCCAUCGCAGCUUCUUUAAAAGAUCUGGAUCCAAAAAAUCCAUGGGUUGUAGAUCGUAAAGGACGGCAUACUAAUCUAGUUACUCUACUUAACGAAUGGCCAGAAUUAGAAAUGGAAAUGGAUUCAGGUCUUAUUUCCUGCGGCGAUGGUGCGUAUUGUAAACGCCGUAAUUGUUUUAAUCAUCGUGCACGAAAUCCAAUAACAACAGUACCUUUUGAUUAUUGCUCAUUGAAAUGCUUACGUUUAGAUCGUACUGAACAAUUAGAAGGCGAAGAAAGAGAAAUGGAACAAAGUUUAGUUACAUUAAAUGGCUCACCAGCUAUCACUAAUAUUUCUGCAACAGCUAGUCUAUCAACAAAUGCUUCAGUACAUGAACAACAAAAUAACAAUGAUAAUGUACCGCCAGUUAUUGUCGUUGUACCAUCGGAUGGUGUUAUGGAUUUACUUCGAGCUAUUGAAAUGAGUCGUCUACAAGCGGUACGAGAACAUGACCAAAAUCUCAAUCGAAACAAUACAAAUGCCAAUAAUAAUGCUUCAAAUUUAAGUACAAAUGACAAAAUCGAAUAUUUUAAUGAUUUACAACAAGCUAUUGAAUUAUCAAUAAAAUCAAAAUAUGAACAAGAAUCUACAAAGGAGGCAACAGUACCUAUUCAAACUGAACUAGAUGAAACUCAAUCAAUGGAUGUGGCAGCAGUAGUAGCAAUAAUGCCAAGCCUAGAUUUAUUCAUUGAACAUGAUGCUGAUAGACUUAGUUCAUUGAUGAUGAAUUUACAACCACCAAUUGAAAAAAAUCAUUCAUAUGAAAAUUCGAAAAUUAUGGAUUUUACUCAUAAACAUAAAGAAUUAAAAGAAAAUUUACAAAAACCUGAUGAGCUCAAAGAAUAUGAAGAUUUUGAUUUAAAAUGUAUUGAAACAUCAUUUCAUCAACAACAAACAGAACUGAAACGAAAACUUAGUAAUAAGAAAAAUAAAGAUGCUAUUCUACCGUUGAUGUCCAAUGAUAUUGUAUCAGUAGCUGCAGCUGCAGCUGCAGGUGUUUCUCUGACAGAUACAUCUCAUGCUAAACUACAACGAAAACGAUCGAAUCGAGAUGCUGAUAUUCGACCGUGUGAACCAAAUGAAAGGUUCGAUAAUUAUCGCUCAUCAGUUAUUCAACAUGAUAAUCAACAAAAUGAACAUCAAUGGUUCAAUGAGUCCACAUCAAUGUUAACUACUCGUGCUAUUGUUGAACGACGUCCACUAACGCCGUCCGAUGAUGAAUUCAGUUUUACUUGA